GGAAAACAGCAAGUCAUUCUGUCUCUCUGUUUUUAUCUCUCUUUGAUGAGGGCAUCUGUUUGAAAACCUGAACUUUAGACACAUGUGAGCGUUGGGGAAUGUCUGUGGGCUGGUGGGAGGCUGGCUUUCUGAAUGACUUUGACUGCAGUUGUUGGGUUUUCUCAGUUGCACAUCAGGAGGACAGCAGGCGUGUUUUUUUUUUGGAGAGAGCAACGGAGACUACGAGGAAAGCAUUGAAGAUCUUCUUAAACAAACCAGAUCAGGACUCAAGUAAAACAUUAAACCAUUCACCCUUUGGCACUGAUUACGCGCAUCUUUGACAGAUUAACGCCUUGUCUUUGCACAAGGAGGUCGUAAGAUUUCUCUGCUUAAAAGCCUCAUGGCUCAAAGUCCCUGAGAGUCACAUCCUGCAAUUGUCUCUGGAGCGUGAGUGGACGGGGGAGAGAGUGGGAGCAUUUGAGUCAACUUUAGCAGCGGAGCAGAAGAGACAGGCAAGAGGCGUCUUGUUUUCUACUCAUCAGAAAGGCGACUGAAGCCUCCAGAGUGGACCAUGUGUGCUGCAGCUCUGGAGGAGUACUGCGGGUCCACCUUCUGGAAUACUUCCUAUGUGGAUAGAGAGGACCCAGACCUGCCAGCAUGUGUAGAGCAGACAGUGCUGGUCUGGAUCCCCCUGGGCUUCCUUUGGCUCUGUGCCCCGCGGCACCUGGUGGUUCUCUGCAGGAGGACCAAAGGGGGCACAAAGCAUCUGUCCAAGCUCUACCUCUUCAAACAGCUUGUGGCCUCUCUGCUGUUCCUGACGGCCAUAGCAGGCUUCGGAAUCACUAUAGGAGAGGACUUUGGUCCAAGCAGGGACACAACUUCAACACAGAAAAAUGCAGGUGUUUACUACGCUAACCCCGUGCUGUACGCGGUCACAUGGAUCCUUGUGCUGUUGUGCCAGGAAGCAGUACGGCGACGAGAAGGAGCUGUAGAUUCCGCCACUCUCUGCUUCUUUUGGUUUCUUCUUGUUAUCUGCGACAUCUUCCCUUUUCAGACCCUCUUACGAAGGGCACUUAAGCCGGAAGCAAUCAACGACCUCCCCCGCUUCUGCCUUUUCUACAUUUCCUUUGGGCUGGAAUUGAUUGCAUUUCUUGUCUCCAUUGUGGCCGAUAUCCCACCUGAAGCUGAAGAGAUUGUCAAAAAGAAUCCAGAGAAAGGAGCUGCAUUUGUGAGCCGAAUCACUUUCAACUGGUUCAACAGCAUGGUUGUGAAGGGGUACAAGCGGCCCUUGGUUCAGGAGGACAUGUGGGCGCUCGAUGUGAAAGACAGCACCGCUUAUCUCAACGAGCGCUUCCAGAAUAACAUGCAGGUGGAGUUGGGUGAAGCUCGGGUCCGAUACGAACACAAGUUAAAGAAGAAACGGGAAAAGAGCAAAGCCAAAGCCACAGAAGAGACCUUUCAAAACGGUCUGGGGAAAGGCGUGAGUCAGGAUGUGCUGAUGAUGGAGGAAAAGGGAAAGAGCAAAGAUGAACAAAAGAAGAAAAAGGACAAAAAGAAGGAGGAAACGGACUAUCCCAGUGCAUGGCUGAUCAGCACCAUAUACAAGUCCUUCAAAUGGCUUCUGAUUGAAUCUGCCUUCUUCAAAUUACUACAGGACUUGUUGGCUUUUGCCAGUCCACAACUUCUCAAGUUGAUGGUCUCCUUCACUCAGGAUCAGUCCAGGUAUACCUGGGAGGGGUAUGUGUAUGCAGUGCUGCUGCUCGUUGUGGCUAUUCUACAGUCUCUGUUCCUGCAGCAGUACUUCCAGCGCUGCUUUGUUCUCGGGAUGAAGGUCCGCACUGCCAUCAUGGCUGCUGUGUACAAAAAGGCCUUGGUGGUGUCAAAUGACGCUCGUAAGGAGUCAACAGUGGGUGAAACGGUGAACCUGAUGUCAGCGGACGCCCAGCGCUUUAACGAUGUGACCAACUUCAUCCACCUGCUGUGGUCCUGCCCUCUGCAGAUCAUCCUGUCCAUAGUUUUCCUGUGGCUGGAGUUAGGACCCUCUGUGCUGGCAGGACUGGUUGUCAUGGUGCUGAUGGUGCCCAUCAAUGGACUGCUGGCCACUAAGGCCAGAAAACUUCAGAUAGAAAACAUGAAGUUCAAAGACAAGAGGCUGAAAAUCAUGAAUGAGAUACUGAAUGGGAUUAAGAUCCUGAAGCUGUAUGCAUGGGAGCCAUCUUUUCAGACACAGGUAGAAGACAUCAGAGGGGAAGAACUAAAGGUCAUGAGGAAGUUUGCCUACCUCACGUCAGUCUCCACAUUUGUCUUCAGCUGUGCUCCAGCUCUGGUUUCUCUCGCCACUUUUGCCGUGUUUGUAGGUGUGAGUUCAGAAAACGUGUUGACAGCUGAGAAAGCUUUCACUUCCAUCUCUCUUUUCAACAUUCUCCGAUUCCCCCUGGCCAUGCUGCCCAUGCUUAUUGCUGCUAUUGUGCAGACAUCUGUGUCCAGGAAGCGCCUGGAGAAGUUUCUGGGAGGGGAUGAUCUUGAAAGUGACAUUGUUCGCCAUGACCCCAGUUUCAGCUCUGCCAUCAGCAUCUCUGAUGGUUCCUUUGCUUGGGAAAGAGAAGCUGAGCCCCUGCUGAAAAAUGUGUCCUUGGAUAUCAAGCCCGGCCGGCUGGUAGCAGUAGUGGGAGCUGUGGGCUCAGGAAAGUCGUCUCUCAUAUCAGCCCUCUUGGGAGAGAUGCACAGCACAAAAGGCUUCAUCAACAUUCAGGGUUCCCUUGCUUUUGUACCACAGCAAGCCUGGAUCCAAAACGCCACUCUGAAGAAUAAUAUUCUGUUUGGCUCUCCUGACGAGGAGAAGAGGUUCCAGGAUGUGAUAGAGGCCUGCGCUCUGGCCCCAGACCUGGAGCUGCUGCCUGGGGGUAUCCUCACCGAGAUUGGAGAGAAAGGCAUCAACCUAUCAGGAGGUCAGAAGCAGCGUGUGAGCUUGGCUCGGGCAGCUUACAGUAAGGCUGAUAUUUACCUGUUGGACGAUCCAUUGUCUGCUGUGGACUCUCAUGUGGGAAAACAUCUUUUUGAUAAACUGAUUGGGAACACCGGGAUACUCAAGGACAAGACUCGUAUCCUGGUGACUCAUGGAGUGAGCUUCCUGCCUUAUGUGGAUGAAAUAGUGGUUCUGGUGGAUGGAAAGGUUUCUGAGAUUGGGUCUUACAACAGCCUUCGUGCCAGCAAAGGAGCGUUCUCUGAAUUUCUAGACACAUAUGCCAAAGAGCAAAACAAUCAGAACCAUUCAGAGUCAGAUGGUUCCAUGGACACUGCAGAUAUAGAUAUCAUCCCUGAAAGAGAUGACACUCAACCUGAUUCUCCUCUGGAGGACACAGUUUCUGCGACACUGAAGAGAGAGAACAGUAUUCGCCGCAGUCAGCGAGGUGGCAGUGUCAGACUGAGAAAAAAUAGUUCUUUCAAGAAAACUGAAGGUGUUGUUGACUCAAAGAAAGGCCAGAAUCUUAUUGAGAAGGAAACUAUGGAAACAGGACAGGUGAAGUUCUCCGUCUACCUCCAGUACAUUCGAGCCAUGGGCUGGGGAUACACCAUCAUGGUCUUUAUAGUUUACUUGAUCCAGAACAUCGCGUUCAUCGGUCAGAACCUGUGGCUGAGUGACUGGACCAAUGAUGCAGUGGAUUACUACAACAAGACAUACCCUAACUGGAAGAGAGACACCAGGGUGGGAGUGUUUGGAGUGCUGGGAGUGGCUCAGGGGCUUUUUGUGUUCCUUGGGACUCUGCUUCUGGCCAACGCUUCUGUCGCUGCGUCUCGUAUCCUGCAUUCACAGCUGCUCAACAAUAUGCUGCGAGUUCCCAUGCUGUUCUUUGACACAACACCUAUUGGAAGAGUGGUCAACCGCUUUGCAAAGGACAUUUUCACAGUGGAUGAAGCUAUUCCACAGUCGUUCCGCUCGUGGCUGAUGUGUCUGCUGGGCGUACUGGGGACACUGUUGGUCAUCUGUUUGGCCACUCCUUUCUUCACCAUUAUCAUCAUUCCUCUGGCCAUCAUCUACUUCUUUGUGCAGCGCUUCUAUGUAGCCACUUCAAGGCAGCUUCGUCGACUAGACUCGGUGUCCCGCUCUCCCAUAUACUCACAUUUCAGUGAGACUGUGUCAGGUCUGUCGGUGAUCAGAGCCUACGGCCAUCAGGACCGUUUCCUCAAACACAACGAAAUCACCAUUGAUGAAAACCUGAAGAGCGUCUACCCGUGGAUAGUGUCCAACAGAUGGUUGGCCAUCCGUCUGGAGUUUCUUGGAAACCUGGUGGUGUUUUUCUCCGCUCUGUUUGCAGUCAUUUCCAGAAAGACCCUGGACAGCGGUCUGGUCGGCCUCUCUAUAUCCUACGCCCUCAAUGUGACUCAGACCCUCAAUUGGUUGGUGAGGAUGACCUCAGAGCUUGAGACAAAUAUAGUUGCUGUGGAGAGGGUGAACGAGUACGCUGAGCUUGAGAACGAGGCUAAGUGGAUAAAUGAAACUCGGCCGCCGAAGAAGUGGCCAGAGGAUGGAAGAGUUCAGUUUGAGAACUUCAAGGUCCGCUACAGACCUGGAUUAGACCUGGUGCUGCAUGGAAUCACCUGCGAUAUCAAGAGCACUGAGAAGAUCGGAAUAGUCGGCCGCACAGGCGCUGGAAAAUCAAGCCUGACAAACUGCCUGUUCAGAACAAUCGAAGCUGCUGAAGGUCGAAUCCUUCUCGAUGAUAUUGACAUAUCCACAAUAGGCCUUCAUGACCUUCGAAACAGCCUGACUAUCAUUCCACAGGAUCCAGUGUUGUUCUCUGGGACACUUAGGAUGAACUUGGAUCCAUUUGACAGAUUCAGCGAUGAUGAGAUCUGGAGAGUGUUGGAGCUCUCCCAUCUGAAGGACUAUGUAGGAGGACUGCAGGAAGGACUGCAGCAUGAAGUGUCGGAGGGGGGAGAGAACCUCAGUGUUGGGCAGAGGCAGCUGCUUUGUCUGGCCCGAGCCCUGCUGAGGAAGUCUCGCAUCCUAAUCCUUGAUGAGGCGACAGCAGCCGUUGACCUGGAGACCGACGACUUGAUUCAAAAUACUAUCCGCAAAGAGUUUUCCCACUGCACAGUGCUCACCAUCGCCCAUCGACUGCACAGCAUCAUGGACAGCUCCAGGGUAAUGGUGCUUGAUGCCGGCAAAAUAGUGGAAUUUGAUUCUCCGAGCGCACUGCUUGCAAAACGAGGCCAUUUCUACUCCAUGGCAAAAGAUGCUGGGAUAACACAAAAUGAAAACACAGCUCUUUGAUUUUUUCACUUGUAAUUUUGGUUAUGUUCCAUACAUUUAUUCUGUUUUUUGAUUUCAAACAACUGGAUUGUACUUUGAAAUAAAGGCGUUUGUGAUAUUUGUAUUUAUAGGAAGAAUGUAAAGAAAUCAUAUUCUGUAGUAAAGGAUUUUUGUAAGAGUACAAUAAAUAUGCUUUCUCA